AUGAUGGAAUCCAGUGAACCAUUCAAUCCUGAGUUUACACAGGACGGUGAAAGGAGAAUUCGCACCAAAGUAGCCUGUGACUAUUGCCGUAAACGGAAGUCAAAAUGUAACGGAGAGCAACCUUGUUCGAAAUGUAUUGAUAGAGGCAGAGAAUGUGCUUAUACAUAUGUGCCCAAGGAAAGAAAGAGAAGAGAACGUAAAACCACCACUAAUGGAUCGGUUCGAAAGAAGAAGCAAAUAAAUGAUAAUAAUGCAAAUAUUCAGCAAUUGACUAGUAGAAUAGGGUCACUUGAAAAUUUGUUGGGCAAGUUAAUAUCCAGGUUGGGACCCUCAGAACAAGUCGCAUUUGCCAAAGAAUUGAAUACCGUGGCUGAUGCAGAACUUAAAGAAGGACAAAAUAAUUCAGAAGAUUCCAGUGGACAAGAUGACGACGAUGAUGAUGAUGAUAAGGAGGAGGAGGAUAAUUAUCAUGAAAAUGAUGAAUACCAUAAUGACCGCGAUAGUGAUGAAAGCGAGAAUGGGCUCAUGAUCGAUAGACAAGUGACAGAUCCAAAACAAUUAAAGGAUGUGAUGGCGCCAGCUGAAAAUGGUUGUAUAACAACUGCAAAUAUUAAGCGACGUUUACUUCAAUAUUUUGGUUCUCAUGCUUUAUUUUAUUCGAUAUCGGCGAGAUCCAUUGAAUGGUUAAAGGCUAGAAUUCUGAACAGCAGUUCUACAAAUAUGAAUGAUAUUUUUGCUCCAUUGAAACAUGUACCUUUGGCAUUGAAUGAUGCGGUUCAAAAAUCAACCACUUUGUUAAAUAAAGAAGGACCUGUUGUAAUUGACAAGAAAAUAUACUUUAGCCUCGAUGAAAAACUGUUAAUAUUUGAGAUUCUUGACAAGUAUUAUAACCAAUUGUCACUUGCUCCGUUCUUGUGUGAAGUUUCUACCAUACGUGAAUUGUUCCAGAGAUAUUAUCUUGGUGUGAGCAGGAACGAUGAAACAAUAAUCAAUGCUAUUACAUACAGUGACUUGUUGAUUAUGAAUAUUUCUGUUGUUUUAUGCCUAGCAAAUAUUCCAGCUGGGGACGAAAUCGAAAGUCUACUAUACCCAAAUUUAUCAUCUAAAUCCAUCAUUUAUUUACAGAAUGAUAUGCUUAACCGCUUGUUUGAUAAUGCAAUGGAAUGUUACGAUAAGGUCUCUCGUGUAUGUGAAGGGGUUAGAUCAGUGAUUGCAUUGUCCUUGCUUACAUUGUACGUUGAUAUCGUCUAUGUUACUGAUUUUCAUAUCAACUACACCAUUGCUAGUAUUUUGAUCAGGUAUGCUAAAGAAAUUGGUAUUCAUAGAGUGGAUUCGCUAGUGAGGGAUAAUGAAAUUGAUUCUUGCACAAAGAGAAAAUUGUGGUGGUUCUGUGAGUAUCUUGGUGUUGAUAUAACAUACCGAAGCGGUAAGCCUAUGUUAAUUAAUAUGGACGAUGUGACUACAUUGACAGAGCUUGAUGAAGAAAGUUUUAUUUCAAUUCCAACCACGUUGUUUUUCGACAAUAGUUAUUUGAAGAACGCUAAUGAAAUUGCUGCAAAUAGUCGAAUUCAUGGUCCGCAUUACUAUUUUGCUUAUUUUCUUUUGAUGUUGUCAAGAAUAAAAGCCAAAGCAUAUAGAAAGAUCUACUCCAAAUUACCAUCCAGUAUAAAUGUUCAAGGGUUAUUAACUUUUGUUAAUGAAAUCAAUGAUGAUUUGAAAAUUAUGAACAAACUUAUGCUUCCUGAAACAGCACCAAUCAGCAAGAUAGAAGGUGGUGCACGAUAUGACGAGAAUCCAUUUUCAUGUAAUCAGUCGCUUUAUAAUUACUACGUGGUUCAAAUCAAGAUGUCGUAUUUUGCCCAUUUAUUGGCUGUGAAUAGAGUUCCUUUUGUAAAGAAUUUUGAAAUCCAAGAUGAAGGAUUGGUCAAUUAUGGGAACUUUUCUCUUAGUGGAGCCAGAAGAAUGUUGGAGGUUGCGAAAGAUAUCCAAUCGUUCCAUAUCCCAAAUCGAUUGUAUUCAACAAUAUUGUUCUAUCCAAUGGCUGCAUUCUGCAGUUUACUUGGUAAUUGUUUGGUUCUCCCAACAACGGCCAGUAGUUUAGAUGAUUCAAUUCUAAUAUGUGAGGCAACAAUUGCGUUUUUCACACUGAAUGGUAUGUCCGAAAGAAUGGAUACAAAGAGAGCCAUCUACGAUCUUUUAUCAAGGCUCUUGUUGCGUGUUCUUAUUGAUUCUAUGGAUAAGCAAGCAGGUAUAAAUUUAUACGAAAAAGUGCCUGGUUUACAAAAUCACAUCUCAUCAUUAUUCACUUUGUUUCCAGAAGUGUUCAUUAAUGGAGAAGAUAAAAUGAUCAGUUUAAUUCCAGAGAGCCCGGGCCGUACUUACAGUAGUGGUUCAUCCCCAGUAACGAGUCAGAAAUAUUCAAAUAGUGAAGGAGGCAAAUAUAGUGCACCAAGCAGUGCCACGAUGGUUGACCAUUUGGAUGCACAUGGGGUGUCUAGAUCACCAGUGACAACGACACCUGGAUUUAAUUUUAAUAAUGAGAAUAUGAUGUUGAUGAAUGGGAACUAUGAUCUAUUCAAUAAUGUGAAUUUUGAGUCCAUUCUUACAGAUGAUGCACUUAGCAACAUGUUCUUCAAUGAGUUGAAUGAGUUUCCUAAUGUGUUUGAUAAUGCUAGUACCAAUAAUUCAAAUGGAUAUAGUGAGCUGCAGGGUGCAUAG